GAAGAGGAGAAGUUCGAAGAAAAGGAAGGCAUUAUCGUGUGUCGCCAUUGCUAUCUGAACGGCAAAAAUCCGAAGUGUGCAGGUUGCCUGGAUGGCAUUGAUGUGAAAUAUGAUGUGGCAGCGGACAAGAUUUGGCAUAGAACGUGCUUUCAAUGUAGCAUCUGUCUACAGCCGCUGAAUCGCUAUUUUGUUGAAAAUGACAGAGGCCUCCCGAUGCAUCGCCAUUGUUAUUGGAAAGAACUACUUUACAAAGAAAUAGUUACAUCGUUCACUUCAAACAGA